UGAGGGUUAGUUUUGUUGAUGGCGCCUUCCUCUUCGUGCAGAAACAUCACAGGGGGUUUGGCAAGGUGGACGAUCGCCAAGGAGAGACAAGCACCAAGACAAGACGGGAAACCCAAGAUUGGACACAAUGCCCAGGACGUCCAGAGCUCGGCGAGGCUUGUUUUGCUAUUUCGUGCCAGUAAAAACACUCUUCGUUCUCACCGAGAGAACACUUUUCUCACGCUCCAUUAAACAACUCGCAGCGUCUGACAAUAACCAAUCCUCGCUUCGGGAUUGGACAUGUGCCUGAAUGACUGCCCCGUUCCUCCGUUCCUAUCAACCAACGGCCCGCGCUAAGCCUAGACCUUGCAGACUCUAGCGUGACAGGGGUCAAAGUGGGGAGGCGGAUCGGGGAACUGUCUAGCACAAUUCAACCUUGGUGAUUAUUCUAUCACGCCCUUCACGCCCUUCUCCAAAUUCCCCAAUGGGUACUGCUACUCCUCUCCUCAUAUAAAGAUCGGCGCCCUGCAUCCUCUGUGUCGCCUGUCCCUCUUCCUUCACUCCUCACAGCCCUUCCCCGAACCUAAAUCGAAGACCCCCCUCACGUCCAUUGAACCAUGUUCUUCGGUGCUGUCCUCGCCCUCGCCGGCGCCAAUGUGGCUCUGGCUGCUUCGGCCAGUCGCCCUGCUGUGUCGACCAUCGAGCCAGCGGCUACUGCUAUCUCUGCUCUCGCCGCCUCCGCAACGCCCGUUGUCCUCACCUCUGACGUGAAGGGUAAGGGGUUCGACCGUAUCGUCCAGAUCUGGCUCGAGAACACUGACUAUGCCCUCGCUGCCAACGACCCAAGCAUGAAGGAGCUUGCCAAGCAGGCCAUCACGCUGACCAACUACAACGCCGUGACCCACCCCUCCGAGCCCAACUACGCCGCUGUCAUCGGCGGCGACUAUUUCGGAAUGGAUGGAGACGCCUUCCUCACGUUCCCAUCGAAUGUGUCCACCGUCAUCGACCUCCUCGACACCAAGGGCAUCUCCUUCGGCACCUACCAGGAGCACCUCCCCUACACCGGCUUCCUCGGCUUCAACUACUCCAACCAAGCCACCUUCGCCAACGACUACGUCCGCAAGCACAACCCCCUCGCGCUCUACGAGUCCAUCACCUCCAACUCCACCCGCCUCGGCACGAUCAAGAGCUUCGUAGACUUCGAGACCGAGCUCAAGAACAAGAAGCUCCCGCAAUGGUCCUUCAUCACCCCUAACAUGACCAACGACGGCCACGACAGCACUAUCACCUACGCCUCCACCUGGUCCAAGAAGUUCCUCACCCCCCUCCUUGCCAACGACUACUUCAUGAACAACACCCUCAUCAUCCUCUCCUUCGACGAAGUCGAAACCUACCCCACCCGUAACAAGGUCUUCACCCUCCUCCUCGGCGGCGCCGUCCCCGAAUCCCUCCACGGCACGACAGACAACACCUUUUAUAACCACUUCUCCACCAUCUCCAGCGUGUCUGCUAACUGGGACCUCCCCUCCCUCGGCCGCUGGGACUGCGGCGCCAACGUCCUGCAGACCGUCGCCAACGUCACCGGUUACCAGAAUGUCGUCGUGGACACCGAGGGCCUGUACUUUAACUCCUCGUACCCCGGCCCUAUGUCGGAUGAUCUCUUCGACCCGACCUGGCCCGUCCCUAACACCGAUGCUAAGUGCGCCAACGGUCUUGGUGUUUUGGCCUCUGUGACGAAGACCUGGGGGGGUAAGAAGUCGACUUAUAACUACACCGCGGUGUACAACUAUGAUGCUGUUAGCGGGAACAAUGUCAAUGGCAAGGCGGUGCCUUCGGGAGGGUCGGUUUCGGUUAACGGUACGGCGAAGAGCACGGGCACGGCGGGAGCACCGAAAGCUACGUCGACUGGUGGUGCGGCUGUGAAUGCCGCCACGAUGGUGCCUGUUUUGGCUGGGUUGGUGGUGGCGGCGAUGUUGUAGGAGAUCUAGUAGGAUAUAAUGACUCAGAUAUAGUAAUCUAGACGUGGUAACUCUGACACAGUGAUUAAGAUGGUGUAGCUUGAACGCAGUGACUGAGAUGGUGUAGCUUGAACGCAGUGACUUGAGAUGGUGUAGCU